UUACCAGGAAUUUAGGAGGAUUAACAUGCAUUUUGUGGAGGGUUGUUGGAUUGACCUCCGGACUAAUCUAAUGAUGUUUGUUUGUGCAUGUGUGCGUCUCAGGUGAAGCAUAUCUUUGAGGACCCUCCCUGCAAGUGUCCCAAUAAGUUCUGUGUGGAGAGACAGGCUCAGGGCCGCUAUCGCGUCGGAGAGAAGAUGCUCUUCAUCCGGAUGCUACACAACAAGCAUGUGAUGGUGCGUGUGGGAGGAGGCUGGGAGACCUUUGAGAGCUACCUGUUGAAACACGACCCAUGUCGGAUGCUCCAGAUCUCCAGAGUGGAGGGGAAGACCUUUCCCAUGUCCCCCAAGUCACCCAACACCAAGGACCUCACCCCAGACAGCUACUUGGUGGUGGCCGCACACUACCGCAGCAAGAAGUAAAGAUGGCCACCUACUACCGCAGCAAGAAGUCAACUGGCGCUUCAACCAAGGGGAUCAGUUUGAGCAAGGCGAGGAUGGUGAUGGCCUACUUCCGCAACAAGAAGUAAAGAUGGCCGCCUACUACCACAACAAGAAGUAAAGAUGGCCGCCUACUACCGCAACAAGAAGUAAAGAUGGCCGCCUACUACCGCAACAAGAAGUAAAGAAGGCCGCCUACUACCACAACAAGAAGUAAAGAUGGCCGCCUACUACCGCAACAAGAAGUAAAGAUGGCCGCCUACUACCGCAACAAGAAGUAAAGAUGGCCGCCUACUACCACAACAAGAAGUAAAGACAUUCAUGAGGACCUGAGGAAAUGACCUCUUGCCUUUCCCAACUAGCAAAACUGAUUGAAAUGACAGUGACACAGGGCAAAGCCAGCUGACACUGUCAUUCCAACCAGAUUCCAACCAGUUGCUUGUACAGUAUGUCUUCUAGUUGAUGUAAGCCACAGCCGGCCCACCUGAGCUACAGAACAGACAGUGGCCAGCAGGUAUAUAUCUCCUGUCCUAGCGGUCACGGCAAACUAGCGUCACGGUGACGGUUUGAUUUGGAUUUCUAGCCUUUGAGAAUAAUCUAUGCAAUCAUUUUGACUAUCAUUUUUAGUCCGGGAUUGAGGCUGGUAUAUUUGGUUCUAAAAGCAUGUUUUCUCAUGUUACCUUGUGUGUAUUUUGUUUGACUUUUGUCAUUCAUUCAUUUAAUAGUGUGAAAGUAUAGUAUGACUUCUGUAAUAACUGAUAUAUUCUGAAUAGUGAUUGGAUACUGGUAAAGCUGAAUCUGGACAUGUUCCACCAAUCAUGUUCCUCCUACGGUUCCACCAAUCAUGUUCUUCCUACGGUUCUACUAAUCAUGUUCCUCCUACGGUUCCACCAAUCAUGGGGUUUCUCCUUUCCUUGUUUUCUAAAUAUGUGUUUAUUAUGGUGCUGAUUAUGGAUUUCUCUGUAAUGUCUAUUAUGAGUGAUUCUCUUUUUUUCACGAGCUAGUUCUGCUCUCCUGUUUUGAAGUUAAAAGCUUUUGAUCAUUUGUUAAGGAACGCUAUUAACAUCAUUAUUGUGAGAAGAUUAUUUCCGAGGA